AUGUCUCUCUGCAAAAUAAGAUUGCAAGAGGAAAGAAAACAGUGGAGGAAAGAUCAUCCUUUUGGUUUCUUUGCUAAACCAGUUAAAGGAGCCGAUGGCUCAUUGGACCUAACGUUAUGGAGCGCCGGUAUACCUGGUAAAGCAGGAACAAUUUGGGAGGGUGGCGUCUAUCCGAUCAAGCUAGAAUUUUCAGAAGAAUACCCUUCCAAGCCACCUAGGGUCAGAUUUCCAAGCGGCUUUUACCAUCCCAACGUGUAUCCCAGUGGCACUGUGUGUUUGAGUAUAUUGAACGAAGAGCAGGAUUGGAAACCGGCAAUUACUAUGAAGCAGCUUUUAUUGGGUGUACAGGAAUUGCUAGAUACACCGAACCCAGAAUCACCAGCCCAAGAACCAGCUUGGAAAGCGUUUAGUAAUGAUCGGCAGUCAUAUAUAAAGAAAGUGAAGGAGCAAGCAAGAAAGUAUACAACUAUGGAUUAA